UAGUUCAAGAAGAAGAAGAGUUUGUUUUGGUUGUGACGUGUGAACAUUAUUCUUGCUUGUAGUCGAUAAAGACGGUGGAAAGUUGUGGUACCGGUGAAAUCGUUUACUAGAGCGUUACGUCUGCAAAAAGUAUGAGUGGUAAGGAGGUAUUCCCAGAACUGAAAAAUGAUCGAUUGCUUCGAGCAGCUAGAGGAGAGGAAGUGGAUGUUGUCCCUGUUUGGGCAAUGAGGCAGGCUGGACGGUAUCUUCCUGAAUUCAGGGAAGAGCGUGCUAAAUGUGAUUUUUUUACCAUGUGUCAGACGCCAAAGUUGGCUUGCAAGGUUACACUUCAGCCGCUGGAGAGAUUCCCCCUUGAUGCUGCUAUUAUUUUCUCUGAUAUAUUAGUCAUUCCUGAGGCACUUGGGAUGAAAGUGGAAAUGAAACCAGGGGAAGGCCCAGUAUUUCCAUCUCCUCUUCGUGGACCAGAGGAUAUCAGUAGGCUUGGAUCACCAGAUGAUGUUUGUACCAAGCUGAAUUAUGUCUUUGAAGCUUUAACCCUCACAAGAAAGGAGCUCCAAGGUAGAGCUCCUCUUAUUGGAUUUAGUGGUGCUCCGUGGACAAUCAUGGCCUAUAUGAUUGAAGGGAAAGGCUCAAAAACAAUGAGUAAUGCCAAAGGUUGGCUGUAUAGAUUUCCAGACGCCAGUCACAAACUUCUUAAAAUCAUUACGGACGCAACUGUCAGUUACCUGGUUGGUCAAGUCAAAGCUGGAGCACAAAUUCUGCAGGUUUUUGAAUCACACGCAGAACAUUUAGGGCCUUAUUUAUUCCGUGAGUUUGCCUUGCCUUACCUUAAGCAAAUCUGUGAUGAUGUGAAGAAAAAUGUAGCACAGUUGGGCAUGGAAGACGUUCCAAUGAUUGUAUUUCCUAAAGGGGGACAUUAUGCUCUGAAGGAUCUUGCUGCUCUUGAUUAUGAAGUUAUUGGAAUCGACUGGACCGUUGAUCCUACCUUGGCUCGAGAAAUUGUUGGGCCAAAUAAAACUCUUCAGGGAAAUCUUGACCCAUGCGCCCUAUAUGCAGAAAAAAAAUUCAUCAGCAAUGCCGUAAAAGAAAUGAUUGAGAAAUUUGGCCGUAACCGCUACAUAGCUAACUUGGGCCAUGGAAUGUACCCUGAUAUGGACCCAGAAAAUUUGGCAGCUUUUGUUGACGCCGUUCACAAGCACUCCAAGAAACCAGACUCCACCUGAUUUUUCAGUCAGAGCUAAGAUGAGGAAUUAAGUUACUCACACUUGCAACAAGUGAGUAUUUAAUUUCGGGGGAACAAUUACAAUUAGAUAGUGAUUGAUAUUAAAAAUCUUAAUAAAUAGUGUCUUAAUAGUUACAAUCAUUCAAGUAUUACUAAAUUGUCAAGGUGUUUGUAACCCGUGAAUACUGUCUUAAAUGUUUGACCAUCUAGUAGACAUUCAUGGCA